AUGACUAUCAGCAAAAUAGCGAUCGAAAGGUGCGGUCAUUACAGUUCAUGUCGUGAUUGUCUUCAGGCCCGCAACCCGUACUGCGGCUGGUGUUCACUCCAGAAGAGUUGUACCCUAAAAGGCGAAUGUCGUGACCACAAGACCUCAUCGUCUUCGCGUUGGCUCUCACUCGACACUCAACAGUGCAUUGAUUUUCAAUCAAUCAAACCGGAAUCACUGCCCAUCACUUCCACUGAUAAGACCUACCCUUUGGUCGGGAGUGUUGGGUGCGCUGUAAUGUUGUUGUGGUUAAGGUGUUUAGCUAAGGGUCCGCUUACGAGACAAGAGCUCCGGAAUGAUAGGACAGACACUCAAACUCCACAAAUCAAACAGAGUUUUAAGUGA